GGCGGAUCUCAUGAUUGGAUGCCAGCUUUAUAAGCACCAUUCCCUUCUCCUCCCACAGCACAACUCCACAAACAUAAAGCCCGCACCUUUUUCCGGGCAAGAACCAAACCCAGUUGAGAACACGGAGAGAAAUCAGCAGAGAACCCCAAAAAAUGGGAAGAAUCCCUCGCCAGAUCAUUAAUGGAGGAGAAUCAAAUUCUCCCUCCUUUAGGGUUUCCACCGAAGCCCAGAAGAUCAAUCGGAGCUUUGCGGAAGACGAUUGUUCCCCUCACGCCGCCGACUCGUUCUACCCCGAGACUCAGCAGAUAUGGGAGAAGCUCCAGAGAACAACCGGCGACGGGAGGAGCAACGUCGACCGGAGUUUGUCGAGGAGCAGGACGAAGAAGAAGAACCAGGUCCUGCUCGAAGGGUAUGUCGAUUUAAGCAGAACCAGCAGCAGUGGUGCCACCGAUGAUGAUUUGAAGAGGGCAAAGAGCUUGACGGACGACGAUCUCGAUGAGCUGAAAGGGUGUUUGGAUCUUGGAUUCGGUGGGUUUAGCUACGACGAGAUCCCCGAGCUUUGCAAUACGUUGCCGGCUCUGGAGCUUUGUUACUCCAUGAGCCAGAAGUUUCUUGAUGAUACUGCGCAGAAAUCUUCUUCUGCUGCCGAGGGAAUGGAUUCUUCUUGUGAUGGAGUUGCUGCUUCGGACCAGGCUGCGUCUAGCCCCAUUGCUAAUUGGAAGAUCUCCAGUCCUGGUGAUCAUCCGGAAGAUGUGAAAGCAAGGUUGAAAUAUUGGGCACAGGCUGUUGCUUGUACAGUCAGAUUAUGCAGCUGAUGGGUUUUGCUCAAGGCAGAAGAUUGUAUGCAAUGUGUGGGAAAGGGAAUCAGGGAAAUAGGCUGUGGAAGGCGAUGGAUAGCUUGGAAAGUCGGGAGCUUUUGCUGGACUGAUUCACUCCAGCUUAAGUUCUUGCAGGAAACUGGUGAUCCUGCACUUUCUUAUGCUGAUGUGGAGCAGCCUGAAUGAUAUCUAAUGAUGGCCUUCACGAAGAGGAAGGAGGGAGAGGGAAGGUGGUGAGACUUGCAACAUUAGAGCCUCCCCCAACUACUGACUGACUUUCUGUAACUCUGCUGAGAUGUAAACGUCUACCCAUUUGGCUGAUAGAGCAGAUGGACGGGUGGAUGAUGUGAAGGAAGUUGCUGGAACUACAUGCAUCCGAACUCUCUGAGCUGUUCUUCCUCUAUCACGCCUUGCAAGCUGUGGAAUGUUUAAAGUUUGGAUUCCAGAGUUCAAGCGUGGAGCGAUUCAUCCAUUGCUCUGGAAUCUACCAACUCACUGCCGCAGUUUCUUCCAUCAGUUGAGAACUGUUUGAUGGCAAUCCAAGCUGGUUUGGAUUGGUAGAUUCAACUUAUCAAUGAUUAAGUUAAGUUUUGCACAGAGAAGCAACUCUGGUAGAAGUUAGGUAUUUUGAUAUUGUCACAUUGAAUAAUUGCAGACACCUGUUGUACUUAACGUUAGCUUGCUUGAGGAACACGAUAUGCUGUUCCUUGAACUCUUCUUCUUUCUUGCAGAUGUUAUGAAGAGCUCUCUUGUCUGGCUAUUUAUGAUCUGUAUAUAAGUUUCAGACAUGCUCUGCAAUUGGGGAAAUUCAAUUUGGAUACUUCCAAUGAAGAUAUGGCUGAGUUGGAGUUGGGUUAUCCUUAUCUAGUAAGAUGGAUGCCAUGAAAUUGAAAAUGACACGGGAAUUGUUCUUGACGUUAAGCAAAUCUAUCUCCCCACCACUUGAUAAUUUUCCUUGUCCCUCAUCACAAGUUGGAAAAUCGAAUCCACUUAUAUAAGUAACUUGAUUAUAUAGUCAUAUGAAUGUGUGGCUGGCUACUCAUAUGCAUUGGAGGUUUGCCAGGUCAACCUCAAUCUCCAGCACUAGCUGAGAAAGAUAUUGGUAACUAUCCGAAUAUCCCCUCUGACUGGUAAAAGCAAAAGAUGCUGCUUGUAUUAGCAUGCCAACGCAUAACAGAGGG